AGUGUCGAGUCGAAACAACUUGGUCCGUCAGUGGCGGAUUGAUGCGACAUUACGGGCGGAUCAAGGUCGAUGUGAUGGUUCAGACGGUCGGAGGGGAAACAUGGAGGCUCGUUUUCUGCGCGCUCUCCUCGUCGUGGCGUUGACGGCUUGCACGUCAGGGGACGAUGGACAGGUGACGUUUGUGUCGGAGCUCUCAUCCAAACCGGCACAGAAGCUGUCAAAGUACGGUUGGUACGGCAACGUGCGGCUGCAGAGGUUCCACGUCCCGGAAGAGACAGCCGUCGCCCGCUGGCUGUUUUCUGUCACCAAGGUCAACAACUUCCACUGCGGACAGAACAACGUCACCAUCCAUAUCAGAUGGGGUGCCCCUCCAGUCAUAAACCCGGCAGGUUCAGUUUUUCCCAAUGCAACACUGUGGAGCCCCUGCCUGUCUCUGACCCUGCCUGCAGCAUCGCACAGCUCCACGACCUUCAACCUCUCCGACCCGGCGCCCGGUGAUUGGUACGUUGCCGCCCACCUGCCUGAGGACGAUGGGCGCAUAGAGCAAAAGGGUUUUCCGUCCUGCUCCUAUUUCUUCCAGCCGCAGCUCUCAGUCAGGAGAGGAGUGGACACCCCUGUGUUACAGCAGGGCACAUUCCUCCAACAGACUGCCGCACCUGACAGACCGGCACGCCUUAAGUUGUAUGUUCCAGAGUUUGCCUCUUCCCUCUCCGUCUCCGUUGCGGACUGCUCGUCCGGGGAGGGAACCGACUUUGGAAACUGCUCCCUGGUCCUCCGGCUGGGCUCCUCCUCCCUGCUGCACAGCCCAGUGACGGUGAACUGCUCAGGGACUGGCUGCUCUGCCGUGCUCUCUAACCCACACUGGGGCGCCUGGUUACGAGUUGUUGUGGAGAGCACGCGAGACAACCACACUGUGGCCUUUAGCAUCCUCUCAAACUACACAGUGGGUUGCAAGCCAACAAGUGUAGGCCUUAAAGCAGACGAUGACAUUCGCAAGCUCCGCGGCAACAGCAGCCACGCCAACUUGACGUCGACAGGCAACAGCUCCCUGAGCACCGACGCGGUCACCUACAACAACAACUCAUCGCCACCGUUUAUGUCGGCGUCCGCGUGCGUGUGGAGCGUCCCCGUGAUCUACGAGGAGCUUGACGUCCUGUCGCUGCGCUUCACCCCCGUCAACGGGCCCAACGUCAGCGUCACUGAUACACACCCCACCCUGCUCACCUACCCCCUGCACACACAAGCCACUGGGGGCACACUCAACCUGCAGCUCACACUCAACACAACUAAUGUCAUGCUGAGGAACAGUAGCAGUGUGGUGGCCUGUCUCUCUCAGUGGGCUCCAGUCCUUGACCUCAACCACUCUCAUCCCUGCCGCACAGGUCAUGCCGUCCACCUGAAUGCCAGUGUCGCCAAAGCUGUGGUCAGGCUGCCGUUCCCUCACGCAGCGACAUGGUACCUCAGCCUGCAGCUCACGUGCAACAGCAGCGACUGUGGUAACACAUCAGUAGUGUUCGUGACCCCAGAGGUGUUUGUCAGUGCCUGUGUAGAAGACUGUGGGACAUACGGAGAAUGUAGACUACUGAGGUCCUACAGCUACCUGUAUAGUGCCUGUGUCUGCAAGGCCGGGUGGAAUGGUUGGGGCUGCACUGACGACUCGACAGCUCAGUCGUACGGACGCCAGUUGUUGGCAACUCUGUUGCUGGCUCUCAGUAACCUUUUCUUCCUCCCCGUCAUCGUGGUGGCCAUCAAGCGCUGCUACUUCACCGAGGCGUCCGUCUACCUCUUCACAAUGUUUUUCUCUACGUUCUACCAUGCAUGUGACCAGCCGGGUAUAGCUGUAAUGUGCAUCAUGGACUACGAUACCCUGCAAUACUGUGACUUCCUGGGCUCUGUCUGUUCCAUCUGGGUCACCAUCCUGUGCAUGGCUCGCAUCAGAAACACAUUCAAAUAUACUCUCUUUCUGCUCGGGGCUCUGCUGAUUGCCAUGUCAAUGCAACUGGACCGCAAAGGCCUCUGGAACCUGCUGGGCCCCGUCAUUUGUGCACUGCUGAUCAUGGUCACUGCCUGGGUGUUCCGAGGGGUGCGGCGGCGACAUUGCUACCCACCUUCCUGGAAACGCUGGGUCCUCUACCUGAUCCCCGGGGCGACCUGCGCCCUGGUCGGGGUGUGCUUGUAUGUUCUCGGCGGCACGGAGGACAACUACUACUACACACACUCACUGUGGCACAUCCUGAUGGCCAGCUGCGUGGUGUUCCUGCUGCCACCGAGGGAGAAGGACAGGGAGACGCUUGGCUGGAGCAGGGGCUGGAGCUGGGGCUGGAGCUGGAGACCCCGGGUUUGUGGGUACACUCUCUGUGAGAGUGGCAAGGAUGAGCUCUACACUGUCACAUAGUGGGACAAGAGAGGCUGUGAGGGAGGAAAAGUGACUUGGUAUUGAUUGUUAGGCGGCUGCAUACACUCCACGUACCCAAGUUGUUGACAAAAUGUAAAAAUUUGA